ACUCUCAGUAACUAUUAAUAUUUCAAUUUUACAUAUAAUAUAACACAUAUAUAUGUAAGUGAAGAUGUUAUGCCUCAGCUGUCACCACAUCAGUGACCAUGUCUUUCUUUUCAUCUUUAAGUCUCAUCUUCAACCACGGGUCAACAAACUGUUAAAAUGCUAUGGGCCUUCUUAUGGGCCAGCACGCAGGAUAGUUUAGUGGGAAAUGGUUGGAUGGAGAAAAAAAAAAAAAAAAAAAAAAAGGAGGAUGGACGCGUCUUCGCACAGAAGACCGCAGACGAGCCACGAAAACUGAACGACAAUAUCAGAGACUGAGUGGAUAGGAAGUGGCUGGUGGGUGUAUUUCUUGGCCACACCACAGUGGCUCACCACUAGUGGCCGUAAAUAGACCGUUAUUUUAAAGCAGAACGCGCAGACGAAAGACUUUCUUUAAUUUAUGUAGUUAUUUAUUUAUUGGUAGAGAUACAUCAUUCUCUCAGUAGGUGAUUGAUUUGUAGAGGGGUCACAACAUACUGAUACUGUGAUUAUGGCAUGUAGAGAGGUGGUUGACUGUGAACGUUUAAUCAAGGAGGUGGAGAAAAGACCAGCUCUCUAUGAUUUCAAACUGAAAGACUAUUGUGAUAAACAUGUAAGGAGGAAAUUAUGGACUGAAGUAUGUGAGGCUGUUUUCAGUGACUGGAAUUAUCUCACGUCAGAAACUAAAAAAGACAAAGGACUACUGCUUCAACGGAGAUGGAAAUCUCUCAGAGAAUGCUUCAGGAGGGAGUUGAAGGCGCAGCAGGGCAUGCCAGGAGAUGGUGGCUCAAACAGGAAGAAGUACAUGCAUUUUGAUCAGCUUUUGUUUCUGAUAAGUACUCUAGACGAGCGACCAGCUUGCAGUAAUUAUUCGGCUUCGCAAUGUGACCUAGCUGAGGAACUUGGGGAAGGCACCAUUGAAGUUACCCCUCCGAACUUAGAAACCCCCGAGAGGCCCCAGGAGCAAAGUAAAACCAAGGACAAGGCCAAGAAAAGCUAUGAAAAACCGAUUGACGUCUUAAAGAAUAAGGCGCAGGAAGAUACUGAUGAAGAUGAAUAUUUCCUAAUGUCACUGCUUCCAAAAUUUAAGAAGUUUAAUGAUGAUCAAAGGUUCGAAGCACAACUAGAAAUCCUGAAAAUCAUGAGGGGGCUACAGCAGAGGUCAACGCAGGGCCCAACUAAUGAAUAUCAUGGUACUAUACCUUCCACUCAUGCAUUCUAUCUCCCUACGUUUCCACCUUACAUCCUUCCCACCACCCAAGGUCAUUUGCCUCAUCGAGGUCAUAUACCUAAGCAACACCAGGUUACGGGAGCGGAAUCACAUGGGGAUGAUAACCUUGCAUUUGAUGUGGAAGGUGAUGGUACUCAACAUUCUGUGGACUCCCAGAAAUCUACAAACAUUAGGGAAAAUUCCUCCCCAGUCGACCCGAUUCCCAUGAAAAGACCGAGGAGACAAAUCACCGACGUGACAGCUGCCGCAGAGGGACUGAUAGACCCGAACAAAGCCAUCAACCAUCCAGAACAAGUUGACGAGGAGUGUGGAACCUUCGGCAGACACGUUGCAGUUCAGUUGAAGCAACUACCCACUACUCAACGCAUUUUGGCCCAGGAUGAAAUCCAGAAAGUUUUAACGCGGUACAGGUUAGCAGCAAUCAACGCGGGUCCCACAGCGUCACCACAGACAUCGGUUUCUGAUAAUUCCUAUACAGAUCCUGUAACGAUAGUGAAAGAGGAGAUCGAUGAAAUGUAACCAAUUAUUAUUUUUCUAAUUAAAAUAGCAACGCGUUUUCCCGUUGAUUAUCGCUGCAGUAAAACACUUCACAGAGCCAGUUUAUUUGAUACUUUUGAAUGGUUUACUCGGGUAAUCUUAUGACUAGUUCAAUAAAGUGAUAAAUAUUUUGCAACACUAGUAUCAGUCACCUAUUUUUCACAGCUAAAACUGCUAAAAGUUCGCAUCAGGGCUUCUUUGGUUCAGUAUCUAUGUUAAUUGAGAUUAUAAUGUAGUCAAUAAAAAACUACAAAAUGG